CUGUCCUCGCUCCACCAUUCACUCCCGAGGAUCCAGAAUCAGACGUAAUCAGUGUUGCGUCUCUGUGUCCGAGAAACAGCCGCCAGGCACUCAAGAUGUCACAAUGGCGCACAGUUUUCGUAACCGGAGGGGCCGGUUACAUCGGGAGCCACUGCAUCGUGGAGUUGCUCAACGCCGGCUAUGACGUCAUCGCCAUCGACAACUUCGCCAACUCGGUGCCCGGAAACGGAAAGGCUCCCAGCUUGAACCGGGUCGAGAGGAUAACCGGGAAAAAGCUCACCUUCUACCGCUGUGAUCUCUUGGAUCGCGUGGCUCUCGAGGAUGUUUUCUCCAAGCACCACAUUGACUGUGUGAUACACUUUGCAGCAAUGAAAGCUGUUGGAGAAUCUAUGGAAAACCCUCUUCUCUACUAUAAGAACAAUCUAAUAGGUGUAAUUAAUUUACUAGAGGUGAUGAAACACAAUGGAUGUCAGCAACUGGUUUUCUCAAGUUCUUGCACAAUCUACGGCAAUCCAACAGAGCUCCCAAUAACCGAGAAUCAUGCCACAGGCAAUGUUACAAAUGUUUACGGCAGGACCAAAUAUUUCACAGAAGAAAUUUUAAAGGACAUUUCGACUGCUGAUGAGAAAUGGAAUAUCAUAUCUUUGCGUUACUUUAAUCCUGUUGGAGCUCAUCCUUCUGGACUUAUAGGCGAGGACCCAACAAAACCAUUUACAAAUCUCAUGCCUUACGUUGCACAAGUUGCAAUGGGGAGAAAACCUGCACUGACAAUUUUUGGAGACGACUAUGACACAGAAGAUGGCACAGGUGUUCGAGAUUACAUCCAUGUCAUGGAUUUAGCCACGGGUCAUGUUGCAGCUUUAAACAAAUUACAAAGAAGUCACCUGCGCUUGAAGGCGUUCAACCUGGGGACGGGUAAUCCAGUCACUGUAAAGCAACUGAUCAAGACGUUUGAAAAAGUAACAAACACCACAGUCCCAUAUGAAACACACCCAAGGAGGAAUGGCGACAUAGUUUCAAUGUAUGCAAACACUCGAAUGGCAGAGCAAGAACUGAAUUGGAAGGCUGAAUACUCGCUGGAGCAAAUGUGUGAGGAUUUCUGGAGAUGGCAAACGAUGAACCCUGAAGGAUACCGAAACGACACAACAGAGGAUCACAUGAAAAAUGGAAUCGCCACUUCGGUUAUCAAGACAAAUGGAGUGCAUGUGAAUGGAAAUUAACACAUACUUUGAAGUUUGCUUUAAAGAUGGUCAUCAUAAAGACCAGGCACUUUCAAUGUACAGGAAUGAGCAUGCAAUUUGGAGUUUGCUUUAAGAGGCAGUUGGUAAUCUUAAGGGACAAAAUUCAACAAUAUGAC